CACGAUCAACGAAAAGCCAGUAAUAUACAUAACUUGUAUAAAGCGUUCGCGGGAAGGCGAAGCUGUUUCAACCUUUAAAGCCGGGUAAACUUCAUGGAAAAUUAUUCGGUAGAGAAAGUCUGCGGAUGGCUAAAAAAAAAUGGAUUCGGAGAAUACGUUGACGCGUUCGAACAGCAUAGAAUAGAAGGACGACAUUUAGCGCGGUUGUCACAUCCAUUACUAGAAGAGCUUGGGAUUACUGAUGGUGAGAAACGUCAAGAAUUUUUGAAAGAACGAAAUAGGUUACGAGAUGCCCCUAAACCUUGCAUAUUACGAUUUAUUGCUUGCAAUGGACAAACUCGGGCGGUUCAGUCUUUCGGGAAUUAUCGGGAAACGCUGAAUCUGGCUUUACGAAAGUUCUCCUUACCAGAUGAAGCCAAAUAUGUUAUCUGUGUUACACAGAGUAGUCAGGUUAGGCCCAUAACUGAAGAAGCCUUUCAAGAGAUAUACCAUAAUUCUUCUUCUCCAGAAAGAGAAAGACUCAUCAUUGUUUCGGAAACCAAGACUUGUCCUUCUUUCGAAGAUCUUCGUAAAUCCUGGGAAAUAGAGUCCUCUCAGUCAUUGCCAAAUAGCUCUAGUAGCCCACAAAAGUUUUCUUCUUUAUUAUCUGAAAACAUACAGAAAACUCUGUUUCCUUCUGAUAGAACAAAUGCUUCUUGUUUAUCCAUUCAAAGACCUCCAAGUGAACUUAUUAGUUCGCGAAUUUCCCACUUUUUCCCCGAGCACCAGCCAAAGUUAUUAGAAAAAACUCUGUACAAUUCUUUUGUAGGAAAUCAACAGAUUCAUCCACCUCGUGAAAGUACAUUUGGAAAGGAAAUUCUCCCAAAGUCGAGAAGUCUGCGGCGCCAACAUUUAGAGUUUCUAAAAUCGAUGUCUUCAUUGAAAAUCAAUACGUUAGAAGAAUCGAAAGAUGCUAAUAAAGUUAUGCCAACUCCCAUGUUGGACGUCGAAAGCAAAGCAAAACUUGGUGCUGCUUUAAAAACGUCUCCUAUACAAAAUUCUUCAUUUUCAAAGAAAAUUGCUGAACGACAUGGAGUGGCCAAUAUUCAAACAUCAUCUCUACGAAACAUUCCGCUUCCUUCAGCGUCACCAAUCCCUUCUCCAACGUUUGUAGAACAUAUAACCCCUGCGUCGCCAACUCCGACCACCACAAGUGAAGACACCAAUCCAGCUGACGAAGAAGUGGAAGAACCAGUCAGAUGGAUUCGCGGAGCGUUGAUCGGAUCUGGUUCCUUCGGACAAGUUUAUCUCGGUAUGAAUGCCUCUAGUGGAGAGUUAAUGGCCGUUAAGCAAAUUAGCCUAGGUGAUUUUAAAAAAUCUAAAGAGCUUCAUUCCAGUCUUUUUAAUUCUCUUGUUGGUGAAAUCAAUUUACUGCAAGAGUUGGCUCACGAACAUAUCGUCCAAUAUCUUGGGUCAAAUUUAACAUCGGAAUAUCUGAAUAUUUUCUUGGAAUAUGUUCCAGGUGGCUCUGUCACCGGUCUACUUGAGAUGUACGGAAGUUUUGAGGCCCCCCUUGUAAGAAAUUUUAUAAAGCAAACUUUAGAAGGGUUGCAAUAUCUUCAUUCCAAAGGUAUCGUGCAUAGAGAUAUUAAAGGUGCUAAUAUUUUGGUUGAUAACAAAGGCAAAAUUAAAAUUUCUGAUUUUGGAAUUUCUAAAAAGUUGGAGCUAGAAAAUCCCGAUGAUAAGAACGUAUCUUCUCGUCAAUCUUUACAAGGUUCCUCUUUUUGGAUGGCUCCGGAAGUGGUUAAACAAACUGAACAUACGGAAAAGACUGAUAUAUGGUCGCUGGGUUGUUUAGUAAUCGAGAUGCUUACCAGCAAGCAUCCGUAUCCUACGUGUGAUCAAAUGCAAGCGAUUUUUAAAAUAGGACAAAACAUUCCUCCUGAAUAUCCUCCUGAUGUGGCACCUUCUGUCCAUGAUUUUUUAAAUAAAACGUUCGCCAUUGAUUGUAAUGAAAGACCAACCGCUUCGGAAUUGCUGCAACAUCCUUUUAUUACAAAGUGAAUGUAAGGAUUUGGUUUUUUUUUACGUUUCGGAAGCAAAUAAUUUUACGAUUUUUACGAUGCAUGUUGACGUUGGUUAAUUUCUUGUAUAUAUUUUUUUUGAAUUGUCGCUCUUUAAUAUUUUGAUUUCCUUUUCUUUUAAUUAUACCAAAAUUAUUUAAUAAUUAAUUUCUUUCUUCUUUACUA